AUGAGGAGGCUAACGAGGCGGAUUUGGGAUGCUCCGAGGGCAGGGUGCCCCGCGGGGGCUCGCAGAGUCUCUCAGUCAGGGGAGACACAGCCCCUUCCUUACCGGGAGAUCCCGUCGACCGGAGGGAGCGGCUGGGUCAACCUGUACCGGCUGUGGCGCGACAGGAAUAUCGGUAAUCAGCAUCUGAUCAUAAACCGGAACUUCCAGCGGCUGGGUCCCAUCUACAGAGAUAAACUGGGAACUAGGGAGAGUGUCUACAUCUUCCACCCCGAGGAUGCAAUGGCUCUGUUCCAGACAGAGGGACCCAACCCGGAGAGGAUGGUGCUGGAGGCCUGGGCGGAGCAUCGGGAGUACCGGAAUCACAAACGAGGCCUCUUCCUAAAGAACGGCGGAGAGUGGCGCAGGGAGAGGAUGGCGCUGAACCAGGAGGUGAUCCGGCCCGCGGCCGUCGGCAAUAUCGCGUCGCUACUCGAGCCCGUGGCCCACGACUUCACCCUCCUCGUCGACCGGAAGAUGCAGACCGGCAGCUGCACCGAACCCAGCAAUGUCCUGCCCGACCUCUUCCGUUUCGCCCUCGAGUCCAGCUUCCACCUGCUCUACGGGCAGCGGUUGGGCCUGUUUGGGGACGUCGACACGAAACAGGCGGACCACUUCAUCCGGUCCAUCGAGAAUAUGUUGAAGACCACCAUCCCUUUGCUCUACGUACCCCCGUGGCUGGCCCGCCGGCUGGGUCUCAGGGCCUGGAGGGAACACGUACAAGUUUGGGACGACAUUUUCGAACACGCCCACCGCUGCUUGGAGGAGCUGCUGCGGAAGGUGCAGGCCGUCCCGGAAGCCGAGCGCGGUUACUCGGGAAUCCUCGGAGAGCUCCUGUCCCGGUCCGGGCUCCCGUUCGACAUCGUCAAGGCGAACGCAACCGAGCUGAUGGUCGGCAGUGUGGACACAACAGCCCACAGCCUCCUCUUCACGCUGUUUGAACUCGCUCGAAACCCAGAACUUCAGGAAGCCCUUCGCCGGGAGGUCACCGAGGCACACUGGCGAGCGCAGGGCGACGUGGGGAGUCUCCUCCGGAACGUGCCACUCCUCCGAGCAGCCAUCAAAGAGACCUUACGCCUCUACCCUGUUGGCCUCACUCUUCAACGCUACCCAGUUACGGACGCCAUCAUCCGGAACUACCACAUCCCUGCCGGGACCCUCGUACAUGUCGGGCUCUACUCGCUGGGCCGGAGCCCGGAGAUCUUCCCAGAUCCUGGCACCUACAACCCUGCCAGGUGGCUGUCCGCCCAUACCCACAGCUUCCAGGCGCUGGCGUUUGGUUUCGGAGUCCGGCAAUGCAUUGGCCGCAGAGUGGCGGAGACCGAGAUCAGUCUCUUCUUGAUUCAUGUCUUGAGGAAGUUUCAGAUCGUCACCCCCUCCAUCGCAGACAUUGAGCUGAUCUACGUGUUCAUUGUGAUGGUGAACGACCCCCCUCUGCUUGCCUUCAGAGCCCUCCAGGGGUAGGGAGCCCGUGGGGCAGGAACCUUGGAGCUCAUGCCUACCGCUAACUGUCCUCUUGCAUACAAAACGAUUCCCCUCCCUCUCCGUUCCCGCCCUCUUUUCCUCACUCUAACCCACCUGUUCAGGAAGCUUGGAGAAGUUUCUGGAUGGCAGGGGUCUGGAGGGCUGUCCUCCCGGAGCAGGUCAAUGGGACUAGGCAGAAUAACAGUUCAGCACAAACUAGAUGGGUGGAAGGGCCUGUUCCUGUGCUGUAUGACUGCAAACCCUCGCCCUCUCUCUCCCCCCACCCCAAGGAGAAGUUCAGAUGUCUGUAGAUGGGAGAGGAAUGGAGGGCUGUGGUCCAGGAGCAGUUGAUGGGACUAGACAGAAUGGACGAGAUGGGCCAAAGGGCCUGUUUCUGCAUUGUAAUGCUUUAUAACCCUAUGACACCCCAGCUCUUUCCCACCUCUCUCCCGCCUCUUUGACACAGUCUCUGUCUCUCUUUGUUGCUGCUUUCGAGGGGGGUGUUGGGUGGAUGGAAUGGCGUCUUUGUGGUCAGGAUCUCAGGAGGAGAGGGUGGUGUCUCGAGGAGACUGGGGUCAGAGGUCAGGGAGGCUAUCAGCAAGGGAAGGAUCAAAGAUGAGGAGGAUGGGGUGAUAAGUUAGGGGUUGGGUGGAGAGGGUAGGGGGUCUGGGGUGAAAGGUUGCAGGUCAUGGGUGGGUCAAAGGUGUGAGAGGUUAGGGGAAGAAGAUUGGGAGUGUUGACGAGAAUGGGGUUUACCCCACCCACCCUCCUCUUUGUCUCCUACCCCACGUCCCCCACCCGUCUCCUCCCAGCUUCAUAAGCAGGAAUUUAGUUGGGAAAAGGGUUGAUUCAUCCCAUCCUGGAAGUCUUCUUCCUUGGACCCAAAAGAAUAAUUCCCUGCCUGGGAGAGGGGCAAAAGGUUAACUUACCGGAGUGUGGGCUGGGGUUAGAUGAGAAAAUAUUUGCCAAACUCCUCCUUAAACUGCCUGGAUGUUGACCAAACCCUGACUUAUUUAAUAUAAUGUGUAGAUCAAAAUACAGAGUGAAGUGUUCUGUCUGCAUUAGGGAUGUGCUGGGGUGUCGCCACACAACCUGAUGCCUGGCAUCUUCAGCAGAACCACAAAAACACCAGAACGAGACGACACCCAUCCCCUACGCAGCUUCAAAGGAGAGCCCUCCUUCAGGCCUCGGGUCCUUGGCCCCGGUCUCUCACACUGGCAGACAUCAAGAUUCAAGUUUAUUUGUCAGGUGUGAAGUGAAAUCUUUUACAUUAACAAUCAACACACUUGUGGGGGGGGGGGAGCCCACUAGGGUCACUACACAUUCUGGUGCCAACAUAGCCUGCUCACAGCACAGAACAAGCAACUGAACAAGUCCCGUCCUAUCCUCCCACCCACCUGCAAAGAACAGGCCUCUGGCCUCCAGUGGACUCGGGCCUACAGACAUUGGGCUUUGACCUGCCCAGCAGACUCAGAGAUUCACAGACUUGGCCCCAGCCUCCAGUCCCCAAUCCCCGGCCCAGCCUCACAGACAUCGGGCUUCUGACCUCUGGACAACCCAGGGGCUUCAACCUUUGCACCUCUACCUCUGGACUUGCCUCCUGUCCUUGAUCUUCUGUGGAUUUUAUUGACCUCAGGACCCUGCAAUCAUGUGUUUGACGUUUGGGCCUCAAGCUCAGAACUCUCCGAUCACAAGUUCGACCUUCGGGCCAAACUUUCUCCAGUGUGAAGAAGAUCUGUUCUCCCAGGAUGAGCUGGUUCCAGAUUGGAAAUCACAGCAUCCAGUCUGUAAUCUUUCUGAAGAAAGAGACACCGGGUUUACAUCAGAGAUAAUAAGCCAACAUUGUUCUAAAUAAAUAUCUUGGUAUCUUU